GCAAAACUGAAAGCAAGAACUGACGGAGAAUAGUUGCUUACUUUUAACCAGGUUGUAUAGAUUUACAGAUAAUUAAUGUUUUGUUUGAGAGCUUUUUCUACUAGAUUAAUAGGAUUGUUCGAGGUGGUUCUGAUUCUCCAUAUUAUGAAACAAUCUGCGUCUUUAUGUAUUUCAUUAUUUUACCUUCCAGAAGUUUAGGAUCAUGGCCUUUAGACUUUAGACAUGAUUCAAUGAUGUCGGACUGGGAAUCAUUUUAUGCUUCAACACUGGAGGUAAAUACAGCCUCAGACUUUCCUCAUGGAUCCGGAACCUCAUCAAUUAAUUAGAACCUUGGACUUUAUUUCUGCUGGAAGGAGAUCUGUGAUACUUCAGCUAAGGUUAAAAAAAACAGCUGAACAUGAAACGUGGUCAGAUGGAUGGAUGGAAGAUCAGAGGUCCUCAAACAAGUCCUUCAGUCUCAUGACAUUAAAAAUGAAUGUCAACAUCCAUCGUAGCCUUGAUGGGAACCAGUUGGUCCUUCCAGUGAAAGGUGACAAGCUACUGUUAGAACAAGCUGUAGAUGUUCUGCAGAGCAGCACAGAGAAGAUGAAACUUGUUCUUCUAUGGGACAGCAAAGAUCCAGUCAGCUCUGAUCUAACAGAGUCGCUUCUUCAGUGUCUUCAGAACAUCCACUCCCUCAGGUUUAGGAAGACCUACAGAACCGGUGCUGCAGAGCAGCAGAACCACAACUGUGAGACUUUAGAGGUUGAAGAAGAAGAACUCCUGUUAAAGUUGAUGCUGAAAGCAGCAUCUAACCAACCAGAAGAUUUCCCCAGCGUGGUGGAUCAACUUCUCACAUUAUUUUCUGCUCACAAUGAGAAAUAUGACAUCAUGCUUGAGUUCUAUCAACUUGUCAGAUCUCAAAGUAUUUCCAGUGUUGUUCCACUUGUGAAGCCAUUUUUCCAGUCUAAUUCUGAGGUCUGGUCCAUAAAACUGUCUGAAGGGAAGACCUCCGUCCUGCUGGAGGCUCUGAAGUUUUCUCCUGGAGAGAAGGAGGUGCAGAUAAGAGGUUUCUCACAUGGAGAGAGUGAAGUGGUGACUUUCCUCCAGUGUUUGCCUUAUAUCUCCCAGUUAAGUUUCGCUCAGAGGACAUCAGACGUUUCACAUCAAACCAGGUUCCUGAAGAUGUGUGUAGCGAAAGCAACAGAACACCAGAACAAAGUAGAGAUGAUGGACCUUUUAAUAUCAGUCUGCAGUUAUGAAACUUUUCCCAUUAAAGAUCAGUCAAACACUGAGGAUUAUCAUGAGAACAUCAAAUAUCAGAGUGAUUUUCUGCUGCACUUAGACUCCCAGCUGAAGGACCUUGAGAAGGAAACAGAUCUGAGUCUCCUUCCAUCAUUACAGUCAGUUUUCCAGGUGGCUCCAUUAUUCUGGACCAUAAAGCUCUCAGAGAGAAAGACCUCCAUCCUCCUGGAAAUGUUGAAGCUCCAAUCAGAGAAGAAACCAGUGGAGCUGAUGGACUGGUCACAUGAAGAGAGUGAAGUGAGGAGUUUCCUCCAGUGUCUACCUUAUAUCUCACAGCUCAGUUUUGAACCUCAGAUUUCUGAAGGGUUUGAAGAAACCAGGUUCUUAGUGGAUCUGUUCUGUGCAGCAGCAGAUAGAGAACAUCAGACAGGAGAGAAGGUCCUGGAGCAGCUAGCAUCAGUCUAUAAGUAUCAGACAUCUCCUCUCAAACAGAAAUGGUUUGAUUUCCUGUUGGAUCUCUUCACGUUUGAGCUUAAAACCGGCUUAGAUGUUGUUUCAUCACCACACACCAAGAGCUCCAUCCUCCUGAACGUCCUGAAGCUCCAAUCAGAGAAGGAACAAAGGUCCAGCCAAACGUCUACAAAUAUUGAUCAGACCAGGUUGUUAGUGAACCUGUUUUGUGCAGCAGCAGAGAGAGAACAUCAGACAGGAGAGAAGAUCCUGGAGCAGCUAGCAUCAGUCUGGACAUAUGAGACAUUUAUUUCUUAUAUUAAAUAUAGAAAUGAUGGGAAUGAUUUUAUGGAUGAGGAUGAUGAUGUCAUCAAAUAUCACUGUGACUUCCUGCUGGAUCUGUUCUCCCAGAUGAAGGACUGUGAGACUAAAACAGGUCUGAGUCUCCUUCCAUCAUUACAGUCAGUUUUCCAGUCAGCUCCUGCAGUCUGGAUCAUAGACCUCUCAGAGAGAAAGACCUCCAUCCUCCUGGAAAUGUUGAAACUCCAAUCAGAGAAGAAACCUUUGCUGCUGAUGGACUGCUCACGUGAAGAGAGUGAAGUGAGGAGUUUCCUACAGUGUCUACCUUAUAUCUCACAGCUCAGCUGCUUUCGAGGUCUGGAUAAUAGGAGUUAUGAUCCUGAUGAAGAAACCAGGUUCUUAGUGGAUCUGUUCUGUGCAGCAGCAGAGAGAGACCAUCAGACAGGAGAGAAGAUCCUGGAGCAGCUAGCAUCAGUCUGCAGAUAUGAAACAUUUAUUUCUGAGAAUGAUUUUAUAGAUAAAGAUGUUGAUGUUGUCAUCAAAUAUCGCUGUGGCUUCCUGCUGGAUCUGUUCUCCCAGAUGAAGGACUGUGAAACUAAAACAGGUCUGAGUCUCCUUCCAUCAUUACAGUCAGUUUUCCAGUCAGCUCCUCCAGUCUGGAUCAUAGACCUCUCAGAGAGAAAGACCUCCAUCCUCCUGGAAAUGUUGAAGCUCCAAUCAGAGAAGAAAUCAGUGAAGCUGAUGGUCCGCUCACAUGAAGAGAGUGAAGUGAGGAGUUUCCUCCAGUGUCUACCUUAUAUCUCACAGCUCAGUUUUGAACCUCAGAUUUCUGAAGGGUUUGAAGAAACCAGGUUCUUAGUGAACCUGUUCUGUGCAGCAGCAGAUAGAGAACAUCAGACAGGAGAGAAGGUCCUGGAGCAGCUAGCAUCAGUCUGGACAUAUGAGACAUUUAUUUCUUAUAUUAAAUGUAGAAAUGAUGGGAAUGAUUUUAUGGAUGAAGAUGUUAUCAAAUAUCGCUGUGGCUUCCUGCUGGAUCUGUUCUCCCAGAUGAAGGACUGUGAAACUAAAACAGGUCUGAGUCUCCUUCCAUCAUUACAGUCAGUUUUCCAGUCAGCUCCUGCAGUCUGGAUCAUAGACCUCUCAGAGAGAAAGACCUCCAUCCUCCUGGAAAUGUUGAAACUCCAAUCAGAGAAGAAACCAGUGAAGCUGAUGGACUGGUCACAUGAAGAGAGUGAAGUGAGGAGUUUCCUCCAGUGUCUACCUUAUAUCUCACAGCUCAGUUUUGAACCUCAGAUUUCUGAAGGGUUUGAAGAAACCAGGUUCUUAGUGGAUCUGUUCUGUGCAGCAGCAGAUAGAGAACAUCAGACAGGAGAGAAGGUCCUGGAGCAGCUAGCAUCAGUCUAUAAGUAUCAGACAUCUCCUCUCAAACAGAAAUGGUUUGAUUUCCUGUUGGAUCUCUUCACGUUUGAGCUUAAAACCGGCUUAGAUGUUGUUUCAUCACCACACACCAAGAGCUCCAUCCUCCUGAACGUCCUGAAGCUCCAAUCAGAGAAGGAACAAAGGUCCAGCCAAACGUCUACAAAUAUUGAUCAGACCAGGUUGUUAGUGAACCUGUUUUGUGCAGCAGCAGAGAGAGAACAUCAGACAGGAGAGAAGAUCCUGGAGCAGCUAGCAUCAGUCUGGACAUAUGAGACAUUUAUUUCUUAUAUUAAAUAUAGAAAUGAUGGGAAUGAUUUUAUGGAUGAGGAUGAUUUUAUCAAAUAUCAGAGUGACUUCCUGCUGGAUCUGUUCUCCCAGAUGAAGGACUGUGAGACUAAAACAGGUCUGAGUCUCCUUCCAUCAUUACAGUCAGUUUUCCAGUCAGCUCCUCCAGUCUGGACCAUAAAGUUCUCAGAGAGAAAGAUCUCCAUCCUCCUGGAAGUGUUGAAACUCCAAUCAGAGAAGAAACCAGUGAAGCUGAUGGACUGGUCACAUGAAGAGAGUGAAGUGAGGAGUUUCCUACAGUUUCUACCUUAUAUCUCACAGCUCAGGUUUGAUCGUUGGAGGUUAGAUCUUCAUGAACAAACCAGGUUCUUAGUGAAUCUGUUCUGUGCAGCAGCAGAGAGAGACCAGCAGACAGGAGAGAAGAUGCUGGAGAUGUUAGCAUCAGUCUGUAGAUAUGAAACAUUCCCUUUAGAGGAACGAUACAUGGAUGAUGAUGAUGAUGAUGAAUAUCAGAGUGACUUCCUGCUGGAUCUGUUCUCCCAGAUGAAGGACUGUGAGACUAAAACAGGUCUGAGUCUCCUUCCAUCAUUACAGUCAGUUUUCCAGUCAGCUCCUGAAGUCUGGACCAUAGACCUCUCAGAGAGAAAGACCUCCAUCCUCCUGGAAGUGUUGGAACUCCAAUCAGAGAAGAAACCAGUGAAGCUGAUGGACUGGUCACAUGAAGAGAGUGAAGUGAGGAGUUUCCUACAGUGUCUACCUUAUAUCUCACAGCUCAGGUUUGAUCGUUGGAGCUCAGAUCUUCAUGAACUAACCAGGUUCUUAGUGAAUCUGUUCUGUGCAGCAGCAGAGAGAGACCAGCAGACAGGAGAGAAGAUGCUGGAGAUGUUAGCAUCAGUCUGUAGAUAUAAAACAUUCCCUUUAGAUGAUCGAUACAUGGAUGAUAAAUAUCAGAGAGACUUCCUGCUGGUUCUGUACUCCCAGAUGAAGGACUGUGAGACUAAAACUGGUCUGAGUCUCCUUCCAUCAUUACAGUCAGUUUUCCAGUCAGCUCCUGAAGUCUGGACCAUAAAGCUCUCAGAGAGAAAGACCUCCAUCCUCCUGGAAGUGUUGAAACUCCAAUCAGAGAAGAAACCAGUGAAGCUGAUGGACUGGUCACAUGAAGAGAGUGAAGUGAGGAGUUUCCUACAGUUUCUACCUUAUAUCUCACAGCUCAGGUUUGAUCGUUGGAUCUCAGAUCUUCAUGAACAAACCAGGUUCUUAGUGAAUCUGUUCUGUGCAGCAGCAGAAAGAGACCAGCAGACAGGAGAGAAGAUGCUGGAGAUGUUAGCAUCAGUCUGUAGAUAUAAAACAUUCCCUGUAGAGGAACGAUACAUGAAUGAUAAAUAUCAGAGAGACUUCCUGCUGGAUCUGUUCUCCCAGAUGAAGGACUGUGAGACUAAAACAGGUCUGAGUCUCCUUCCAUCAUUACAGUCAGUUUUCCAGUCAGCUUCUCCAGUCUGGACCAUAAAGUUCUCAGAGAGAAAGACCUCCAUCCUCCUGGAAGUGUUGAAACUCCAAUCAGAGAAGAAACCAGUGAAGCUGAUGGACUGGUCACAUGAAGAGAGUGAAGUGAGGAGUUUCCUACAGUGUCUACCUUAUAUCUCACAGCUCAGCUGUGAUCCAGGGUUCUUCCAGAGUGUUUGUUCGUCACUAUCAGUGAAAUCCAGAGAGGAGGUCCAGCAGCUGGUGUCUCUGCUGCAGCUCCUGAACUUCAACCUGCUGCUAACAGGAGAGUUACGCAGGAAAACCUGCAGCUCUGUGGGCAGAGUUCUCCAACUGUGUGGAUCUAAAGUGGAUCUGAUCCUCACCGCCAGCAAGAUGUCUGUUAGAGGAGCCUCCAUCCUCUUUAGAUCUACAACACAGCUCCACAGUCUGAGACUUUCCAACAACGUGGCCUUGUUCUUGUCUCAGUGGGUAAGAAGAGGCAGAGUGUCCUGUCCUCUGGUUGUUGAAGAGCUUUCUGUGGUGUCCACCAAAGCUCCACCAUCACAGAGAGUCUUGUUGAAGGUUGGCAGCAGUUUGGCGUCUCUGCUGAGGUUCUGGACAGUUGGACGGUUAGACCUGACUGAGUCCGGCCUCCCUGCUCAGAGUCUCCUCAGUCUGCUGCUUCAUGAUGCUCCUCUCACAGUCAGACUGAGUGAAGAGAGUCUCCAGCAGCUUCUGGUCCUCCUCCAUGAGGUCCAGGAUCAGGACCUGACGUUGUCCUUCUUGAAUAAGUUUGGUGGAGACCUGAGCUCCUGCCAGUUGAACUGGGAGCUUCUUCACUAUCUGCUGCAGCAGCCGUCAGCUCAGACCAUCACUGUGAACCUGAAGAAGAACCGCUUCUUACAGGAGAGAGCUACACAGCUGCUGCCCUUUCUGCACAGGAUGGUGCUUCAGAGGCCCAGUCCCAGCUUUGUGAGGACUUCCAUCAGAGAGAUCUACAGAGGUCACAGCAGUCACAUGAUACUCUGUCUGCUGAGGUCAUUGGAUCAUGUGAUCAACCUGAGCUGCACAGAGCUGGACUCAGAGGACUGUGCUGCUCUGAUCUUCAUCCUCAGACACAGUGAUGGAGUUAGACUGAAGCUGCUGAGGAGCUCCAUCCCAGCAGAGGGAAUACAGUCCAUCCUCCGUAUGCUGCACACAGUUUCUGAUCUCAGUGUGGACAGGAACCAGCUGCUGAGCUUCAUCCACUGCUGCGCUGCCUCUGACAGCCAGCAGGAGGCAGCAUCAUCCCUGCUGAGGACUCUGCAGCACAGCUUGGACCUGUCCUGCUCCUCCUUCAUGGAGCUACCAGAGGAGGACCAGGCUGAGCCUCUGAGAGUGACGGCUGCUGACUGCAGGGCCGUCUCCACCAUCCUGAGACACAGCAGCAGGGACACACAGCUCCACCUGAGAGACUGUGAGGUGGAGGACAGCGGGCUGGACCUGCUGUUUCCGGUCCUGGACAGGGUCCGUCUCAGAGUCAGUAAGACGGUUCUGGUCCAGCUGCUGACCCUGCUUGCUGUGGACAGCGAGACGGACACAGUGAGACGGGCCGUGUUUCUGUUUAGAGCCCUGGGAGAAGAACUGGAUCUGAGUCACAUCACACUGGAUCAGAGGCUCUGUGGAGCUCUGGUUCUGAUGCUGGACAACUCUGAAGGUCUAACAGAACUGGACCUCAGUCACUGCCAGCUGACGGACCAGCUGCUGCUCCAACUCAUCACACAUCUGCACAAAGUCCAAGUCCUGGAUCUGAGCCACAAUAAUCUGACCGAUGCUUCAGCAGACGGAUUAGUUCAUCUGAUUUCCAUCAACUCUUCUAUUCAGACUAUCAGAGUCUUCAGCAACAGCAUUUUGAACAAAGAACCCCUUAAGGACUCCCAUUUUGAUGUUUUUUAAAAUUAUAUUAAGUUGCAAAGAUCUGUUGUAGAUGCAGAGAUGAAACCAGGCUUAGGACAACGAUGGAAUGAGUUUAUCUAAUCUUAUGUUUGAAUUGUAUCCUUAUGUGUUUAGCUGUUUAUUAAAAUUUUUCUACUUGAA